UUAUUUUGUAAAAGUGAAUUGUUGCCUAACAAGUAUUACAAUCACUUUAAUUUAAGAAAUAUCGAUUCAUUUUCCCCGGUGCUGUCAUACUCUGCUGUGCAACAUAUUCCACAAUUCCUGUGGACUAUCGUGUCCACCUUUGUGCCAUUGUGAACCUUCGAGAAAGCAGCAACUCUCAACAGUGGCGCCACCAGUUUCUACAAUCGGAGCGCUGGCUCAUCCAAUGUUUUUACGACAUUUUAUACGGGACAGUUUAAAGAACAUUCUGCAACCAACAAGGCAUCGACAGCUAAAACUGACACAGCGAAACGGUCCGAUCAAGGAUGAAACCUUGCACUUAACGCAGCUGUUACUAUAUUUACCAACAAUAGGCUCUUGAUAUUACCAUAUGAGGUAUGUCUGAUAUGAAUUAUGAAACAAAUCGUUUGCAAACGUUUACUGGUUGGAACAACGCGCAUAUUCGGCCAGAAGCGUUGGCCCGGUACGGUUUCUUUUACACUGGCAGUCGUGAUAAUGUAAGGUGUCACUUCUGUAACAUUCAGGCUGGCGGAUGGGAACAGGGCGAUAGCGUGAUAGCUGAACACUUACGCUGGUCCCCAUAUUGUCCGCUGAUGCGAAAACAACCGACACAAAAUGUUCCGAUCGAUCCACAAUUCCUCGACAGUGUCCCGGACCCCUCACCAGAUGUGACUAGUUACCAAAGCGGUCAUGUGAGCAACUCUGCGAGACAAUACGACAGUGUGCCAUUCUGCCGUCCCGAGUAUCCGGAAUAUGCACUCGAGUCCGAGCGUAAGCGGUCUUUAGCGGAAUGGCCAUCGGCAAUGCCUCAGAAACCUCAGCAGCUCAGUGAUGCGGGCUUCUUCUACACCGGUCGCGGCGAUCAGGUACGGUGCUACUACUGUGGUGGAGGACUGAUGCACUGGGAGCCAGACGAUGAUCCUUGGGAACAGCACGCCAUGUGGUACAGUAAUUGUAUAUAUGUGCGGCAAAUGAAAGAUCGGUCCUUCAUCGAACGGUGCUUAGCAAAGAAGGAAGGCAGAAACCAGAACGAAGAAGACGUCCCAAAGGCAUCGACAUCCUCCGUAUCGACAGCAUCACGAGUAGCAGAAACAGAAGCAUCGGAUGAUAAGAUGUGUAAAAUUUGUUACGAAAAAGAGUACAGAACUGCUUUAAUACCUUGUGGACAUGUGACCUGUGUUGAUUGUUCUUUGAAGUUUGUUCAAUGCCCCAUGUGUCAAUCACCGAUCCAAAACUUGCAGAAGCUGUUUCUGUAACAAACAGAAACAACAAUAGUGGUGUGAGUGAAUUGUUAAGGAGAGCAACUCAAUUCAACGAAACCAUUUUUCACAUUGACAUUUUACUUAUGUGGGAUAUGCAUCGAUGCUGGGAACUGUAUUUGGUGUAGAGCCAAGUGAAACGCUUCAAAAACAAACAGCUCAUGUAAAAGAAUCUUCGCUUAACAUAUAGUGCCAUCUGGUUAAAAGAUAUGCUUAAACAGUAAAAUGUAAAAAGUAGUAGUAAAUGUAAUAUGUAAUAAGACGUAAGGAAAGUGAAAAGCGUCAUGAAAGAAGCGAUAUGAACUGACGUGGAGAUUCGCGGUGGUGCUAGAUGAUUCGAGGAAUAGACGCGGUCCGUGAUAAGAUUUACAAUAAGGCAGAGUCGAGCAAUCAUUCAACAAGCAUCAUCAUGUGGCAUAUUCGUGGUUGAUCACGUGGCAUGCUCAAACAACAUUGAAUUGCUCAAAUAGGGAAUACUUCAUAGCUAUGGGAUAAGGUAAGGGAUUCAGAUUGAUACAGGAAGGUUCAGUUGUCACUGUUGCAGCAACAUUUAUCGUGCAAGAUCGCAGGACUUGGCUUGGAUUGUUUGCGCGAUAAUCAACAUCAGAUGUCUGUUGAUGUUUUCGUAAUUUCGUAACCUCAACUGUAUCAAACGUCUUGCAGCAAGCGAUGCCCAACCAUUCUUUGCAUCCCUUGCCCUCACCUCAAAGCGACUGUCUGGCUCCAGGCUCGAUAUGUUUCUUUUUCGUUUUGUGUCUGCCGCGCUGAAAACGAGAUCACACGGUCCGCAGAGUUUCGGUCUCAGUUAUUUUGGUUACUUCGUCUGGGACUGGGAGCGUACGCCAACCCAUACACCGACCGCCUACCCUGUCGUUCCCGGGCAGACUCCUGUGCUAGGGUCUAUUUUUGGGCCGCGAAACCCAUUUGCUUAGCGAUGCAUGGCGGUAGUGUCUGGCAUUUGCAGACAUGAAUGCAGCGCCGCAGACUGGAAGUCGUAUUCUAUUUUCUCGCCCUUUGCGGUAGUGCGCACCAUUAAUGACACAAACCAAACGAUCCAUAGCGGUCGAUAUGCGUAACGUGCUUACCUGUGAUGUGAAUUUAUUACCGCGAAAUGGGAAUUCCCGCGAAAUAAUGCAAUGGACUGCUCUAAACUGCGCCAGAGUAGACUUGUUGUGUUCGAUGCUCGAUAAGGAAGAUCAGUCUACAAGGCAACAAGUUGUUUUGUUGUGCAGCAGAACGUCAUCAGCACAGCAGCCCAUCAAUCACAGUGUAAUGAGUCAGUGCAUCUGUGAUAGAUAGCGACCUUAUCGUUGUGAGAUGUCUGUGUGCGUAGAACAACGUGCUCUGUGUGUCGCAGCAUCAUCCAGCAGCACCGACAGUACUUCUAAUCGUGUUCGCUCACCAUAUCAGGAAGCUCAACCUCUCGGUUGUCUCCUUGAACCGAGCCUACUUAAUCAUUCCAUCGUGUUUGACCGCAUGCAACGUUCGUAGCUUGAGCAUCACAUGGAACACUACACUUGCACUGAUAACAGUUGAAGCUGGAACCGUAUUAAUUAAGGGAUAGUGAAUAUGCGAUGAGUCAUUUUGUUUAGCUUUGAUUUCAUGCGACAUUCCUCUUCAAUGGUCUCCCUAAGCAGGCCCUGUAAUGGACACGCCAUCUGUUAGGAAUUCUGUCCACCCUCGCCUGUGCCGGACGCCCCGAAGUCUAUGGGGGCGUAAAUGUACGACGUGAGAUGAAUUCUGUUUCUAGCCCGUGCUCAAUCGAUACUACGACCGGUUGCAAUUAGCUACAAAUUGCAGGCCGGCCAUUCGCCCUCUAUACAUCGCAAUUGAGCAAAUCGACCUAUGGUUGGUAUGGUAGAGACACAAGCACACACACACGCGCGCGCGCGCGCACACAGAUACACAUAUACAAAAUGGCCACUUUAUUACACGCAUGGAAUUCCUAAACAGGAAUGCUAAGAUGCACUCGAAUCGUGACGCCAGCCAGCGCACAAGGCCAGAGCAACGAACAAUGUUUUUGGGAAAUCCCAGCUUCCAUCGUGCGAACAGGCGCUAAGCCUGCUUCUCUAUUUUCAGAGAUAGGUUCCUAGUGUUCUCUAUCCCAGUUAGAUUCGAGUGACUGUAAUGUAAUGUCUUCUACGCGCUUGUUAUUGUUCGGUGACGUGCACUAACUAAGAUAAACGUGCCAUUUAGCUUGCGCUAAUUUGCAGUGAAGCAGUAUGAUCUAAUUG